AUGAGAGUAACAACAACAAAUCGAACAUCUAAACUUCAAACAUCAACUAGAACUAAAACAUCAUCAACAACAAUACUUAAUGAACAAACAGGUCAUCUACAAAAUGGUACAACUAUUGUUUCACCAACAUUAUCAAAUAAUGGUACACUACGUUUAAUUGAUUCAGGUGAUUAUUUAUCAACAGCAGUAUCACCACCACCACAACAACAACAACAGCCAGUAACAACAUCAGCAAUGCUUCAAUUUUUACAACCGUCAUCUAAUGCAAUACAAAAUAUGCUUAUUCAACAAAUACUAACAAGUCCUGAACAGCAACGUCUUCUUGUUGAAAAAAUCAAUCAACAGUUAAGUGAACAAAUUCAACUGAACCUUGUUCAACCACCAACAACAUCAAAUUCAGACGUUAUUAAACAAAUUCAAAAUCAAAUAGCAAAUCAACAACUUCUUCUUCAACAAGUUUCUUCUAAACAACAACAACAGCAGCAGCAACAACAACAAAUUCCUAGUUUAUUUAGUAUUACAAAUUCAAAUAGUUCUAAUCAACCAACAACAGCUACUGUUCAAUAUUUAACAACAACAACACCAAAUAAUUCGUCAACUAGUGGUUUGAAUAUAAUCGGAACAAAUAAUAAUAUUCCAACUGAAGCUCGUAUUAUAAUGCCAACAGCAACCACGACAACAAUAAAUCGUUCAACACCACAAGAUUCAUCAAAUAAUCCGCUAUAUCAACGAAAUUAUUGUCGUUGGCCAAGUUGUGAUACAUUAUGCUCAUCAUUAAUGGAUUUUAAUCGACAUCUUAAUGAUGAACAUUCACUUGAUGAUCGUUCUGUUGCACAGGCACGUGUACAACAACAUGUUGUACAACAAUUAGAAGCAUUAUUAACACGUGAACGUGAAAUACUUCAAGCAAUGAUGAAACAUUUACAUGGUGGUAGUCAACAAAUAAAUUCAAAUGGUGCAUCAUCAUCAAAUCCAACAACAACAGCACAUGUUAUUACACAUCAACCUUCACGUACAUUAGCAUCAUACCAUAAUAAUCGUUCAACACAAUUGUCAUCACCAACAUCAUCAUCAACAAUACCAACAACAACAUUUCAACAUUUACCUAUUGUUAAAUUAGAAAAUGCUUAUUUAACAGCAGCAGGUCUUGUUAAAAAAACAACACAAGAUCUUUCGUCAACAAAUAAUACAACAGCACAAACUAUAUUGCGUGCAAGUGCAUCAAGUUCACCACCACCUGUUCAUACCGUUGAAGAAGAAGUUGGUGAUGAUACACAAGAUGAUGAUGAUGAUGAUGAUGAUGAUGAUGAUGAAGAUAUGGUUGAUACUAAUGGAAGUACAUCAGCAUUAUCAAGAUCUCAUGGAAAUAAUCUAUCGAUUGUUUCAAUGGGUUCAACUGGAAAACAUCAUCAAAUGAGUAGAAAAUCAAAAGGAAUGUUGGCAUUAGGCGGGAAAAAAGCUGGAAAAGGAAAAGAAUUAAAAAAUCGAGAAUAUUAUAUGACACAUGAUGUACGUCCACCAUUUACAUAUGCAACAUUAAUUCGUCAAGCUAUUAUUGAAUCUCCAGAUAAUCAAUUAACAUUAAAUGAAGUUUAUAAAUGGUUUGAAGCACAAUUUCUUUAUUUUCGUAAAAAUGCACAAACAUGGAAGAAUGCUGUACGACAUAAUCUGUCAUUACAUAAAUGCUUUAUGCGUGUUGAGAAUAUAAAAGGUGCAGUAUGGACUGUAGAUGAAAAUGAAUUUUGUAAAAGACGUUUAACACGAGGAGCAGAAAAAGGAAAUAAUCACAAUGAAUCGUCAUCUUCUUAUGGUCACAAUGCAUCUACUGGUGACGAUCAAGCACUUUAUUCUUACCCAUUUGGUAUGGAAGAUGAUUAUAAAGAUUUUAAAGGUCUUUUAAAUUCUCAUAAUGUUGAAGAUGAAGAUGAUGAUAAUUCUACUAGUGUUAAUGGAAAUCAUGGUCAACAUAAUGAACAAUCAAGAGAUAUUAAUCAUAAUCAAUAUGAACAAACUGAUGACGAUGAUGGACAAAAUGAUAUGAGUUUAACACAUGGAGACGAUGAACAGGUUGAUGAAUAA